AGCAGCAGCAGCAGCAGAAGCAGCAGCAGCAGCAGUCUUCAUGUAAUUACAUUCCUCCUGGCGUCUCUCGGCUCCAACAGUCGGGGAGUGUUUUUUUGUGCCAGAUUCUCACCAGACGCGCGCACUCAGGCACACACAGAGAAGACCCACGAUGAUUUGAGGACGCGCAGGAAUAAGGUCCAGGCUGGAGACGCAAGAGCAAGUGUUGGGGGUGUGAUUAGAUGUUGAACAGGAGGAGACACAGCGACAGAGAGAGAGAGAGAGAGAGAGAGACAGAGCCAGAAUAAAGAGUGAGUGGGACAGAGCAGUGGACAGCUGUGAGUGGAGUGGACGUCGUGGGGGACAAACCAGGACCAGAACUGAUUCCAGAGGUGCAUGUUGGUUUUUUUUAAAGGGCCCUCUCCAUGGAUAUAGACACAGACUAUGAGCGGCCCAAUGUGGAAACCAUUAAAUGUGUGGUGGUUGGGGAUAACGCUGUAGGCAAGACCAGGCUCAUCUGUGCCCGGGCCUGCAAUGCCACCCUCACACAGUAUCAGCUGCUUGCCACCCACGUGCCAACCGUCUGGGCCAUCGACCAGUACCGUGUAUGCCAGGAGGUUUUAGAGAGAUCUCGUGAUGUAGUGGAUGAGGUCAGCGUGUCCCUGAGGCUGUGGGACACAUUUGGGGAUCAUCACAAAGACAGACGAUUUGCCUACGGCAGAUCCGACGUCGUGGUGCUUUGUUUCUCUUUGGCCAAUCCCAACUCCCUGCGCCACGUCCGCACCAUGUGGUUUCCGGAGAUCAAGCACUUCUGUCCGCGGACACCCAUCAUCCUGGUCGGCUGCCAGCUGGAUCUGCGCUACGCCGACCUGGAUGCCGUGAACCGUGCACGACGACCCCUUGCCAAACCAAUUAAACCGACAGACAUCCUUCCUCCCGAGCGAGGCCAUGAGGUGGCAAAGGAACUUGGCAUUCCCUACUAUGAGACCAGCAUUGUUGCCCAGUUUGGAGUGAAGGAUGUUUUCGACAAUGCCAUCCGAGCCGCCCUGAUUUCCCGUCGGCACUUGCAGUUCUGGAAGUCCCACCUGAAAAAGGUCCAGAGGCCCCUCCUCCAGGCGCCCUUCCUGCCUCCUCGUCCACCACGCCCCAUAGUGGGCAUCCCAGACCCCCCUCCCACAGACGGUGAAGGCCCCGAUUCCCUUUUCUGCCUGCCACUGUGUGCAGAUGUUCUUUUCCUCCUGCAGGGUGGCACCACUCGCGUCUUUGCACACAAAGUCUAUCUGGCCACUUCCUGCUCCAAGUUUUACGACCUCUUCUCCCUCGACUUUGGCGCGUCCUGUGUGGUGCCAUGGGGGGAGGAACAGGAGAACACCGAAAGCGUGGAGAGCGCGGAGGAAGAAGAGCAGAGCAGGAGAGGAGCAAAGGAGCAAGCUGGGCGCACUAAGAGCCUGGACAUUGACAAAGACGGACUUGAUGGAGGCGUGCACGGCCUGAAUCAACCCCAGCUGCUCCAGCAGGGCUCUUUGAGGACGUCCCAGAGCGAUAAUGCACUCCCAUCUCGAGCCCAGUACUUCCUGGGAGAGCAAGGGACGGGCCGAGUUCUUUCAGGAUGGGGGAGAGGUUUCCUGACUGUGUAUCUGGAGCAUGUUGAUGAUCCAGUGACAGGAAGACCACGACUUAUGACUGUGGUAGCCAUGGAUGCACUUAUACAGGAAGAACCAUUCAAGGCGGUGCUCCAGUACCUGUACACGGGCAGCCUGGAUGAGGGCCGGGGAGAUCUGAUGCAGGUGGCCACCAUCGCAGAGCUCCUCGAGGUGUUUGACCUGCGCAUGAUGGUGGCCAAUGUCCUGAACCGAGAGAGCUUCAUGAACCAGGAGAUCACCAAGGCCUUCCAUGUCCGCAGAGCCAACCGCAUCAAGGAGUGUCUCAAUAAAGGGACCUUUGCUGAUGUGGUGUUCCGACUAGACGAUGGCUUCCUCCCGGCACACAAGCCCCUGCUCAUCUCUAGCUGCGACUGGAUGGCCGCCAUGUUCCGUGGCCCCUUUAUGGAGAGCUAUGUCGAGGAGGUGUCCAUUCCUAACACCAGUGCAUCCUGCAUGCAUGGCGUUCUGGAGUUUCUGUACUGCGGUCUGCUGACACCCUGUCCUGGUCUAGAGCCCAUAGAAAUGAUUAUUCUGGCCAACCGCCUGUGCUUGCCGCGCCUCGUUUCCCUCACAGAACAGCACGCUGUGGAUGAACUUCUCCAGUCGGCAGUGAAAGGAAUCGACGUUGACGGACAGGUGUUGGCUUACCUCGAGCUCGCACAGUUUCACAAUGCCAAACAACUAUCAGCCUGGUGUCUCCAUCACAUCUGCACUAAUUAUAACAGCAUCUGCCGCAAGUUUCCCAAAGACAUGAAGGCCAUGGCUCCAGAAAACCAGAGGCACUUUGAGAAGCAGCGCUGGCCUCCGGUGUGGUUCCUGAAGGAGGAGGACCGCUAUCUGCGCUCUCAGAAGGAGCGCGAGCGCGAGGAGGAGAUCCUGCGCAAGCAGCACACCAAGCGGGGCUGGUGUUUCUGGAGACACACGUCGUCCUCGCCGCAUGUCUCCUAAAAGACGCCCCCCCCCCCCACUGGCCGCCUCGGUCAUCAGUGCUUCUGUGCCUGGAUUUCAGCAUGUUUGUGCCUCUUGAUAAUCGUGGGUGACUUCAUGAAUGCAUUUUUGGUAUGUCUGUGUGACAAGUGUGUGGGGGCGCGAGUAUAUGCGCGCCGCUUCUGAGUUUAGUUCUUCCCAGAUGCCCCGAUCUGUAAAGGGCCUGUGGCGUUGCAGUGCAGCCCUGUCCCCCCUCCCGUCCCCGUCCUGUCCCCGUCCACAGCAGCUCUGUCCCUUCACCAGCACUCACAGUGUCUCAGCCUUUGAGUGAUUGGACUGGGAGCAAGGGCUCUCUGUAUCUCUCUCAGUCUGCACCCUUCACAUUGACCUUAAUGACUAAAACAUGUUAAUACCGCGACCUCUGCCUUCACUUUCUACAGACUGUUAGACGUCACAUACAAACCUGUGCUCAAAGUCCCCCCACCCCACCCCCCCUGCCUAAAACCAGCACUGGAUUCCCAGGAACUGUUGCUGACCACACAAUCAUGAUUUUGCUAUGAUUUGAUCUUUUUUAUAUAGAUGUUUGCACCUUCUUGGAUGCUCAUAUCAGGGGAAACGGUGCACACUGCUCCCAGGAAGAGCUUUAGAAAAGCAAUGUGAUCGUAACUGUCAUCACCCUCUAGUCUUGUCCCAAUGUGGUCUGACACAUCGUCGUCCACCCCUGCAUGCCCCGCCCUCCUUGAGCACUUCAGAGACAUUCAAAGUGACCACUCUAUAGCAAUGUUGGGGGGGGGGGUG